ACACACACACACACACACACACACACACACACACACACACACACACACACACACACACACACACACACACACACACACACACACACACACACACACACACACACACACACACAAUCCUUGCCUCCCACGCUCCUCAUCCGCAUCCAGACCCAGACCCUCGGACCUGCUCAGCCCUUUCUCCCCGGUGCUGAGUUCUGACCACAUAAAAGUGGGAAUCUUUUCAUGACAUUCGAUCAGAGAUCCGGGUGAUUUAUUUCACGGUCACAAACUGUUUAUGCCGCUGCCAUCCAGGAAACGGUACAGGAAUAUCAAGGCGACAACCACCAGACUGUAACUUGAGGGUGUGGUUGCUUCACUUCUCUUCCUCCUGGCACUUGUGCCAUGCAGGAAGUGUAACCCUCCACCUUCUCAUUCCAUAUUAUAUUCUGAUGCAAGUCAAGAUGUCAGAAGACGAUUCCUCACUGCCACCAGACCCGCCGUUACCUGUGACUUCCCCACGCACUCCUGUGCAGCUCUCCUUCCCCUUCCUGAGGGAAGGCAGCCGUGUUUGGGAACGGGAAAGGAAGCCACCACAGCCUGGAGAGCUGCCCAGCCCACUGCCCACCAAACGCACCCGCACAUACUCAGCGACAGUACGAGCCAGAUCAGGUCCUGUAUUUAAAGGGGUGUGUAAAAACUUCUCCAGGUCUCAGGGUCACGGAUUCAUUCGUCCUUCUCGUGGAGGAGAGGACAUCUUCGUACACAUUUCUGACAUUGAAGGGGAGUAUGUGCCAAUGGAAGGAGAUGAAGUCACAUACAAGGUCUGCCCCGUUCCUCCCAAGAACCAGAAGGUCCAGGCUGUCGAGGUGGUCAUCACCCACCUAAACCCGGGCACCAAGCACGAGACCUGGUCAGGUCAGAUCAUGAGCUCCUAGAUGAGUAAUCCACUCAGCUCAACUUCAGAAGUUAAGGGAUUAAUAUAUUUUAUUUUAGGCUUUUCAGUUUUUUUUUGUGGUUCGAGGAAUGGGGCCAGGUCUGGGUUACUGGGAGGGAAUCUGAGCUUGCUUGCGUACUAAAUAGCAGCCAAUAGACAGUAUGGUACUUGCUAGCUUUGAAUGUACAGGCAGAAUGUUUUUCUGUGAAGGUUUGGAAAGUCAAGAGGCAAAGACGUGGUGUCGGCAUUCAUGCCUUCACCCAAUGGCAAGUCAAUAGAUGUUGCGUCUGUGAUGUCAUGGUUGAGCUGGGUUUUCAGCUACAAGAGGCUGAAAUGUGUUCAGAUCAAACUGGAAAAUGCUGCCAUACUGGUUCUUAGUGUGCCUAAAUGACCUCCAGUUUGAUGGAAGUCUCAGGUUUACUCCCAAACUCUCAGUAGCUAGGUAGCAAAUGCUGCCAAAAUCUGAAAAUGUACGAAACUUACAUGAUGUCCAUGUUUCAUCAUUUUCUUAUUGUGUUUACAGCAUCAUGGACGGACAUAGUUUUCUCUAAGUUUACAUCAGUUUGACGUUACAGGAACAACUUAUCUGAUCCUACUUAAAGUCCAGUUUUUAAUUUGUUCUAAGGUAUUUAGGUUUUAAGAUCUUAGGACAGUGCUCCUUCUUAGUAUUGUAGCAUCUACAGUUUUUGUGCAAGAAUCAGGAUUUACUGUAGCUAUCUCCUAAGACAGCCGUAGGUUUCGGUGGUUGAGUUGGUGUAGAGACUUUGUGCAGGCUUGCCACUGGAGAAGGCCAGUGGGUUUUAGGGAAAGAGGUAGAAAUCAGGAGAGAACAGGAAUGGGGCAGAGGAUGGAGUGAUGAUUAAUCUUCAUUGGUGCAGAGAGGCAGGAGGGCCAGGUUUUCAGUCAGCAGCUGAGAAUCUGAUUGCGAGACGUUUGAUUAGUCAACAGAUUUAGCUUUUUAGAAAAAUAUCUCAUCAGUGUAGUAUAACAGAAGUGAUGGCUAGUUAGCUUAGUAGCCUGGUGUGAUUUUACAAGGGCACAUUUCAUUCAUUAGGGUAUUCUUUUAAGUGUCUUAGGUGUUGUAAACCUAUAAGCCUGUAUCAGAGGGGUUCAUCUUUUUUAUGCCACAGUUUCUAUCUAAUCAGUGUUUGGUGGUUGGUACGGUUCAACUGUCAACACACUGCAAAUGAUCCUAGCAUCCAAAACAAUGAGAUUCAAGGCACGGAGGUUUGAUGCAAUACAAGCAAAGAUGUAAUUCUAUGCAAGUGCGUAAGAUAAAUUAUUUUAAUUUAACAAAAAAUAAGACAUUUCACAAACAGACCUUGUCACAAUCUUUAUUAGACCUUUCUUAUGAUUUGCAUUCAGAGCAACAACACAGCAUUUCAGUUAUUUAACAUGAUUUUCUGCAGCAAUGUGUUAAAAAGAAGAACUGACAUUUUAUUAGAUGAUAAACUCCCAGGAUGUUUUUGUAAACUUGGAACAGCAGAGUAAGCUUUUUAAGCCUUUACAACAACAAACACACGGUUAAGCUAACAAAGCAGCUAAAUGUAGCUAAUCUUGAACAAAUCUCACAAAAUUUUCAUUCAUUUAAAGGGGCAUUAUGGAAGUUUGACAGCCAAAACAUGUAUAGAAAUAAUACAUUUCUUCUUCAUACAUUCUCCUGCAAUGCCCUGGUCCUGUAGAAUGAGCCCUGGCAUUUUUACUGUGAUUGCCUGUUUUUCUGUAAAAUCACAGAAAAAGAGAGCUGCUCGGGUCGAGCAGGCUGCUUCACGCACGUUCACGCUCAGGCAUAGCCCGUAGCAUUUGCUAUCCGUAGCUUUAGCGGCAGAGAGCGAGGCAGUGCCACUUUGUCGCUGUUCCUAACGCCUAGUGACAAAGCUAGCUACAUUUCUGAGGACCCUUAGCUACUUUCUUCUAGAUAGUUCCUGCAAAUUAGCAACAAAAUAGCCAUUUUCGCUCUGAACCGUUCUUUGAGCGUUGUUUCAGGUGUCAUCAAGGAUAUAAAUGUUACAGAUACAAAGCACAUCACUAGUGCUUUAGCUCACCUAGUUAAACGUUGGACUCCCGUGCAGAAGACCUGGGUUUGAUUCUGGAUGUGAACAUAGUGAGUUUCUUUUUUUACAUUAAUGGUAUAUUUUUUUUACAGUAAGAUGCCCAAAUUUUUAUUUGAGACUCGCCGAUCGGCAUUGAAUUCACAGAUAAAAAAGAUGUGGGUUCAACUUUCAUUUUGGAACAAUUUUUCAAGCAAGGGAAGGGAAUGAUCUGAGCAUGCAGGAGGACUGACCCAUCUGCACGAGCCUACUAUUGAAGCUGCCGUUACGCUUUUGGCCUGAGGGGGCAAUCGCGAGAAUAAAAAUUCAAAACUCCGUAAAGUCCCUUUAAAAAAGAAAAUCAUGAACCAAAAAGGACCACUUGUUUCUGUAUUUUACCUUAGCAGUGAUCGCUGUAACUAGCUACAAACAGACUUUUACUUUUAACUCACAGUUCAGUUAAAAUGACCUUUUGAAAUAUGUCAAAUCUUAGAAAGUGUUAAUUUUAGGUGAGGAGAUGAACAUGCGUUAAGUUUCUUCUGUUAUUUAGCUAAAGACUUUGAAGAGCAGGGAAAACGCUUCCAGAUGUAAGUUAAAACACUAUUUAUUGACUUAUUUAUUUUCAUUUUUAUCUUUGAAAAUGUCAAGUGUUUAGCAGUGAAAUGCUGUAUUUCUGUGUAUUUGUGCAAACCGACGCCUGCACACUUCGCUCUGAUGAUCCUACCCUGCUGCUGUCAUGUCCUCAUUAACAUGCAGAAACGUUUCAAAAUAUCACCAGUUUCUAACUUUUACUUCUUUAUUUUGUCUAAUUUUCAGUAAGUAAUUCAUGUUUUAGAUAAAACUCUGAUUUGUUGUAAUGGAAAUUGGUUUGUUGUUUAUUGUUGUAGCCUUUAUUGUGUAGAACGUGUUGAUUCAAUGUCAUCAUGCAGUAAAACAGCUGAACCCUUCAGAGAGAGAGAGGUGUUGUCACAUCUAUGCAUCUUUAAUUUCUCUUCAUUACUAAUUAUAGUAACGCACUGUAUUUAGUUUCCUAACUGAGGAAAUACUUCUGUUUUUUUGUGAGCACUUUUGUUUUUGUCACAUCACUGACACUUGUCUUUCCUUGUUUAAAAGUUUAAAUAAAGUUUUGAAUAAAAUGAA